AUGUUUGCGUUCACUACCGCCAUAGGUCCAAACGUUGCCUUCUUCGCCGUGAACGCGGAAUUUCAGCAAGACGACGUACGCUUUUCAACGAUAUUCUCUCAUAUUACAGCCAAAGAACGCAACCUGGGGUCUCACUACCUCGUUCAAGAGGAGCCGAAGGGCAUCAAGGGGAGGCUAGUGGAUUUACGAAACCUUGGGGAUGGCUCUUACCGAGAUUCGGAUGCGAAGCUCCCUCGGCACAGGGAAUCACCCGUUUCGCGGAACGUCCGCGCUCGGGCCUACGUUUUGCAGAAUCCCUCAGGGAAAGGUCGACAUGAGCCUCGUCAUCUACAAUCGACGCUUGCCUUUCGAGAAAUGCCAACGCCAACGCGACUGAUCUUGUCGCGAAGCACAUUCUCCGUACUGCGCCGUGGAAGUUCGUCGUGUCACGUUCCAGAAACACGCCUAGUGGUUAGAUUUCAAUGCCUCGAAGGAACGGGAACGGAACAACCUCACAAUACGUUCUACCGGUUUGCUUUGAAAGUCUUGGCUCCUUCCUGGAUUUUCACCCAACACGACCCAACACGUACGCUCUUUUUCCUUGGGUUGGUGCUUCUGAUCAUUUUGGCCAGAACGAGUGCUGGCACCUGGAACAUCACUGCAACGACAUUCGCGGGCAUGAACCACGUCGACGCGCAUCUUCAUGACAACUUGGGAUUAUUGUCCUCCAGGUUGUGGAGACCGGAGGAGGAGCACACAUGGCUCCGCAGCUUGACACUACUUCCUUCAAAUGUGACCCGCUCCUCUCCCCUAGCCAACACCAUCAUAGCCCUGUACGGGUUCAAUGUCGCGUCUUCCUCGCUUUUCAUUUCAACGGACUCAAUCAACCAGCUACUACUGCUCAAGCGCUCGCAGUCAGUCUUCACCCAUGCCUGCCGUGUAAAGCGUGUUCCGAGCGCUAAGCCCCUCCCUUUCACCAAAACCACCAUGUCUGCCGCGAGGGGUAGCUCAACGGGAAGCCCCAGCGUUGAGAUUACAGAAAUCCGCGUUUCAUCCCAGCACAUCCUCAAAUCGGUCCAACUUUCGAUUGGAUCGUUCGAGCGGGAAUCACCUUGUCUCCUGAACGCAAAGAUUCACAACUUUGAGUUGUCAUCCCCCUGUCAACUUUCGCCUUCAGAGUCCCUCUAUCUGCAAGUCCGAUUCCGCGGAUUGUUUCGUGCUGCGUCGAAGAGCAAGAUACCUCUCGAUGAACUGCUAAGCAAGGUCGGCCCCCACUUCUCCGGAAAACAAGGCAAGUGCCUCCCUGCUGCAAUCGCUCCUGUCUUGCUGAUGCAGGACUUUCUACUCUAG